GCCGCCCGGCUCCUCCCCGCGGCCUCGAAGUCGGGCUGCGGUCGGUCGGGAGGGGGAGGUUCCCCGGGCGCAUGGGGCGGCCGCAGCGCCAGUGAAGGCGGGGGAGGCAGGAGGCCGGCCGGGCGGGGGAGCUUCCUCCUAGCAGCGAGUCUCCGUACGCAGAGAGCGUCCGGAUCCCUCCUCCCCCCUUCGCUGCCCGGUCCGGCGGCCCCGGGAGGAGCAGGGGGCCCGAGUCCUUCCCCGCCGGAGCGGCUGAGAAGCAGAAGCAACCAUGGGGUGCAUUAAAAGCAAAGAGGACAAAGGUCCAACAAUGAAAUAUAGAACUGAUAACCCUCCAGAACUUGUUAGUUCCCACAUCAGCCAUCAUGGAUCAGAUUCUCUCCAAGCAACACAGUCGCCUGCAAUAAAGGGACCAUCAGUUAACUUUAACAGUCAUUCCAUGACUCCAUUUGGAGGACCUUCGGGGAUGACCCCCUUUGGAGGAGCCUCUUCCUCGUUUUCAGCUGUGCCCAGUCCAUAUCCUAAUAGUUUAACAGGUGGUGUAACUGUUUUUGUGGCCUUAUAUGAUUAUGAAGCUAGAACUACAGAUGAUCUUUCGUUUAAGAAGGGCGAACGGUUCCAGAUAAUAAACAACACGGAAGGAGACUGGUGGGAAGCAAGAUCCAUUGCUACAGGAAAGACUGGUUACAUCCCGAGCAAUUAUGUAGCUCCUGCGGACUCCAUUCAGGCAGAAGAAUGGUAUUUUGGUAAGAUGGGCAGAAAAGAUGCAGAGAGAUUACUUUUAAAUCCUGGGAACCAACGUGGUAUUUUUUUAGUACGAGAGAGUGAAACCACUAAAGGUGCUUAUUCCCUUUCUAUCCGUGACUGGGAUGAGGUCCGAGGUGAUAAUGUAAAACACUACAAAAUCAGAAAACUUGACAGUGGUGGAUACUAUAUCACAACUAGAGCACAAUUUGAUUCUCUACAGAAGUUGGUUAAACACUAUACAGAACAUGCUGAUGGCCUGUGUCAUAAACUAACGACUGUGUGUCCAACUGUGAAACCCCAGACCCAGGGACUAUCAAAAGAUGCCUGGGAAAUACCUAGAGAGUCUUUGCGGCUAGAAGUUAAGCUGGGCCAAGGAUGCUUUGGGGAAGUAUGGAUGGGAACGUGGAAUGGAACCACAAAAGUAGCAAUCAAAACACUAAAACCUGGUACAAUGAUGCCAGAAGCUUUCCUGCAAGAGGCUCAGAUCAUGAAGAAAUUACGACAUGAUAAACUUGUUCCGCUAUAUGCUGUUGUUUCUGAGGAGCCAAUCUUCAUAGUCACUGAAUUCAUGACAAAAGGUAGCUUACUAGACUUCCUUAAAGAAGGAGAAGGGAAAUGCUUAAAACUUCCACAGUUAGUUGACAUGGCUGCUCAGAUUGCUGAUGGCAUGGCAUACAUUGAAAGAAUGAACUACAUCCACAGAGACCUUCGGGCAGCUAACAUUCUUGUAGGAGAUAAUCUUGUGUGUAAAAUUGCAGAUUUUGGUUUAGCAAGGUUAAUAGAAGACAAUGAGUACACUGCCAGACAAGGAGCCAAAUUUCCAAUUAAAUGGACAGCUCCUGAGGCAGCAUUAUAUGGUCGGUUUACAAUCAAAUCUGAUGUGUGGUCAUUUGGAAUUUUGCUGACAGAACUGGUAACAAAGGGUAGAGUGCCAUAUCCAGGGAUGGUGAAUCGUGAAGUUCUGGAACAAGUAGAACGUGGGUAUAGGAUGCCUUGCCCACAGGGCUGUCCAGAGUCUCUCCAUGAAUUAAUGAAACUGUGUUGGAAGAAGGACCCUGAUGAAAGACCAACAUUUGAAUAUAUUCAGUCUUUCUUGGAAGACUACUUCACUGCUACAGAACCACAGUACCAGCCUGGAGACAAUUUAUAAGCCAACAACCUACAUAACAUGCACAAAUCUGCCAAAUGUAAAGGACUUUCGAAGGGUUCCUUGCUUCUUUAAAGGAAUCAAAGGAAAGAAAAUCUUCACUCUGCAUGCUUUUAAUGGCAAACUGGAAUUCCAUACUACAGUUGCACAAAACCACUUUUAAACUGUUAUACCCUAAUUUACCAAUGAUGUGAUUUCCCCCAACCC